CGACGUUACGUGUUUAUUGCAUCAACUUUUCACGUUAUCACUCCACAUGAGCAUUAAUUCGGGAGUUUAAAACAUUUUUCGAGCAACUUCUCGCGAAAUUACGUAACACAAAAGCACCGCGAUGUUGGCAAGUCUUCGCAUAACGCGACCAGCAACCCUUUUGUUGCGCAGCACAAUCUCGCUUCGCCCAACAUCGAGGCCCUGCAGCACAAAAGAGGAAGAAAAGAAGGAACCUCUGUCGGAAACGGAGCAAAAACUCGCCGAAGAGGUCGAAAAAUUGACGGUUUCCGUCGCAGAGUUGACAGAAAAAACCAAAACGCUCGACGACAAGUACCGACGAGCCCUUGCCGACGGCGAGAAUCUCCGCACACGAUUGACCAAACAAAUUGAGGAUGCAAAACUCUUCGGCAUUCAGAAUUUCUGCAAAGAUUUACUCGUGGUGGCAGACACACUGGCGAUCGCCACGGAAUCCGUGCCCAAAGACGAGUGUGACAAAAAUCCGCAUUUGAAGAAUUUGUAUGAAGGACUCACGAUGACAAAAGCCUCGCUCGAUCAGGUCUUCAAGCGGAACGGAUUGGCGAUGAUUAAUCCGCUGAACGAGAAAUUCGACCCAAAUUUGCAUGAAGCGCUAUUCCAGCAGCCCGUGGAGAAUGUCGACCCAAAUACCGUAGUUGUAGUCAGCAAAGUAGGAUAUAAAUUGCACGAACGGUGUAUAAGGCCAGCUCUCGUCGGAGUUUCCGUGGCGAAGCAAUAAAAAGUUUUU